AUGCCAAACAACAAAAGAGAAAAAAUACCUGACGGAACGUUGUGCGUUGUAUGCCAAGACUUAGCUAGUGGAAUACAUUAUUCCGUUCCAAGCUGUAAUGGCUGUAAAACAUUUUUUCGUCGAGCUCUAGUUAACAAACAAACCUUCACUUGCCAAUUUGCAGGAGACUGUGUAGUCGGUAAAUCUGUACGAUGUGUGUGUCGCAGUUGCAGACUGAAGAAAUGCUUCCGUAUGGGCAUGGAUCCGAAUGCAAUUCAACAUGAUCGUGAUAAGAUAAGGUAUACGAAAGCCCUCAAGAAAAAAAGAGAUGAAGAACAAAAAAAUCGUGAGAGAGAUAGCCAAGUGAAAGAGGAAGUAUGCAGUCCACUCAGUCAAAUGUCAGAUCAGUAUAUCAAUACAUCAACACCAUCUUCCAGCAAUGUUCAAGCGGCUGACAUGGAAUACUAUGAAUCUGAUAAUCUCAAUCAGCGGAUCAAUUUACAAGAAACAAAAACAUUAGUUGAUGAUUUACUUUUAUUGGAAAUGAAAAUGUUGCAAAUCCGAAGUGCUUGUAGAUUUGAACCGCAUACAUCCGCGACAAGCUGUAUGUAUAAUAAAUGUCUGUUUAACGAUUUUGUGUGGAUGCAGGAGAAUACCAACCCUGUCAUGAAUAAUAUUGUUGCCAUUCCAACACCUUGUACAAUAGAAUCGUUACGGAUGUGGUUUGUGCGGGAUUUAUCACUCAUGAUGGAAUGGUGCAAAUGUCUACCAAUAAUGGACCGACUUCUGCUCAAUGACAAGCUGGCGUUGAUGAAGGCAUUUGCACCUGUUUUUCCUCUCCUUCAAUUGGCUUACUAUACGAAUGAUAAUGCUGUAAUCGAGACAGCACCCACUGAAUCGAAUGAAUCUCUAGUUUUCACAACCCGAUUGAAUUAUCCAGAUGGUUCUUUCAUAGAAAAGGAAAGUAACAUAAAUAAUACGGAAGAAAUGUAUUCGAUGUUGAUGGAAGGCUGUCACAAGCUUUUGAGACGAUUGGAUAUCCAGCAGCGUCAUCUAGUUCUUUAUAAAAUGCUUCUACUACAUAAUCCGGAUGCUGAAGGCUUGUCAUCAACAGGAAAAGCUGCAAUCGAAAGCGAGCGUGGCAAGCUUUUAGCGCAGUUAUAUUUGUUUCUAAGCAGUGAAAGAGGGAAAGGAGCAGCUCUCCUCUUCUCCAACUUACUGAUGAUGACAGCUACUCUCAACCGGGUCGCCUCUUUUGUUCGGCGUGUAUUUGAUAUCAAUCAUAUUUUCAAUAGAACCAACGAUUUGAUAGAUCAGUUGAUUAUAGUUGGUUUGUGA